GUCAGAAAAGUUCUCUUUCUAUUUUCUUGUUCAUGGUGAUCCACGCACUCCCAAAACCUUGGCUAUCAUGUUUCUUCCCAUAGCUCUUUUGGGUUGAAAUUCUUCAGGAUGUUUUCUGCUGAGGGCAAUCAACAGGUGAAUUAAUUGAUAAGGUGAAAAUUGCAGUGGGAUACCUGUACUACCAGCUCUGCUGAGGAGGAAAGAGAUUUAGAGGGCCUGCUCUUGGAGGGAAGAAGGUUUGGUUUUACCAGGGGGUGGGUCAGGAACCAGGCUUUCUCUGCUCAUGGCUGCCAAGAGAGACUCAGCCCAAGACUGCUCCCAGGUGAUUGAUCACACCCACGUCCCACAGUUUGAAGUGGCCGCUUGGAUGAAGAUCACCCUCAUCCUUGUCUACUCGAUCAUCUUUGUGAUGGGCAUCCUCGGGAACAGCGUCACCAUUCAUGUUACUCAGUUGCUUCAGAGGAAAGGCUACUUGCAGAAGGCAGUGGCAGACCAUAUGACAAGCUUGGCCUGCUCUGACAUCUUGGUCUUCCUCAUAGGCAUGCCGAUGGAAUUCUACAGUGUGAUCUGGAACCCUCUGACUACAAGUAGCAAUAACUUGUCCUGUAAGUUGCACACUUUUCUCUUUGAAGCCUGCAGCUAUGCCACACUCCUCCACGUGCUGACUCUCAGUUUUGAGCGCUAUGUGGCUAUUUGCCACCCCUUCAGGUACAAGGCGGUCUCAGGGCCCCUUCAGAUAAAGCUGCUGAUCUGUUUUGUCUGGGUCACCUCCAGCCUGGUGGCGCUCCCCCUCCUUUUUGCCAUGGGCAUUGAGUACCCUCUGGUCCAGGUGCCUAACCACCGUGGACUCCUUUGCAAUCGCACACGGACACGGCACCUCGAGCACCCUGAGACCUCCAAUAUGUCCAUUUGCACCAGCCUCUCCAGCCGGUGGACAGUUUUUCAAUCCAGCAUCUUCAGUGCCUUCAUCAUCUACUUUGUGGUCCUGCUCUUGGUGGCCUUCAUGUGCCGAAACAUGAUGCGAGUACUAAUGAAGGGGAAGAAGGGCACGCUGGCCAUGGAAGGGCAGCAUCAGUUGAGGAAGACAGAGAGUGAUGAGAGCAAAGUAGCCAGGAAGCAGACCAUCAUCUUCCUAGGACUGAUUGUUGUGACUCUAGCAGUAUGCUGGAUGCCAAACCAGAUUCGAAGGCUCAUGGCUGCAGCAAAACCAAAGCAGGAUUGGACUCGCUCCUAUUUCAGAGCAUAUAUGAUUCUCCUUCCCUUUGCUGACACCUUCUUUUACCUCAGUUCCGUCAUCAACCCGCUCCUAUACAACAUCUCAUCUCGGCAGUUCCGAAAGGUGUUCAGGCAAGUUCUCUGCUGUCGCCUGAAUCUUGAGCAUGCCAACAAAGAGAAACUGCUUCGGGCCCAUUUGAAUUCCACAGCCAGCAGUGGUCGCUCUGUCCGCCCAUUGAUCUUCAUUUCAUCGUGGCACAAUGCUUCUACAAGGAGAACUCACAAGGUUUUCUUAAAAACUUUUCAGAGUGAGGCCAAGCCUGACUCUACGCCUCAGCAAUUGAGUCUUGAAUCACUAGAGCCCAACUCAGAAAGCAAACCACUGGAGGUUGCUCCAGAGCCCCAUCUAGGUGCAGAGAACAACCUGAGGGAAAAUGAAGUAUGAAUUCCAAAUAAGGCAGUCAUUAUUGA